AACCAACUUUUAACGAGAAAAAAACCCUUUAAGCGUUGCUAUACGAAAUGGACAUUAACCUCACCUAUCUGGUGGCACUGGGCGCAGUUCUGGUUGGUGUUUACUACUUUAUAACCCGAAAGAAGCACUACUUCCACCAUAAGCCAAUUCCAUCGAUGAGGUUUAAGCUACCACUAGGCAAUACGGCACCGCUGUACCUCCGACAGGGUUCAUUUGGUGGGUUCGUAGAAUCAAUUUACAAUCAAUUUCGUGGUGUCAAGGUAUUUGGAAUGUUCGACUUGAAUGAGCCGGUCUUUGUAUUGCGCGAUCCAGCACUGAUCAAACAGGUGGGAGUGAAGGAUUUCGACCACUUCACGGACCGUGUACCGGUAUUCGGUAAUACGGACCACGAUCAUCCAAAUCUGAUUAUAGGCAAGUCACUGUUCACGCUGACCGGUCAGAAGUGGAAGAGUAUGCGGUCCACGCUAAGUCCUGCAUUCACCGGCAGCAAAAUGCGUCAGAUGUUCAAUCUUGUGGUGGAAUGUAGUGAGAAUACAGCACAGCAUUUUUUGAAGAGGGCACAAUCUGGGACAACUUUGGAGUAUGAAAUGAGGGAUGUAUUUUCAAGGUUCGCUAACGAUGUCAUUGCAUCGUGCGCUUUCGGGAUUCAGGUGGAUUCGUUGCAAAACAAAAACAACGAUUUCUAUUUGAAUGGAAAAAAGAUGGUAGAUUUCAACCGGAUCAGUGUACUAUUCAGAUUCAUUGGAUACAGGCUUAUGCCUGGUGUGAUGGCACGGCUGGGGAUCGAUGCAAUCGAUGAAGAACAGAAUCGUUAUUUUUCUUCUUUGAUUCUAAGUGCUAUCCGAGAGCGUGAAGCGAAGGGGAUCGUUCGACAGGACAUGAUAAAUCUAUUGAUUCAAGCGAAGAAAGGUAUUCUAAAGCAUCAGCAGGAGAAGGAGCAGCACGAAGGUUUUGCCGCUGUGGAAGAAUCAAAUGUUGGUAAGGCUCAAAGCCUGAGUAGCCUGACUGACACGGAACUGGUGGCACAAUGUAUGGUCUUUUUCCUGGCCGGAUUUGACACGGUUUCAACGUGUUUACUUUUCACUACUUACGAGCUGACAUUGAAUCCACAAAUACAGAAUAAACUAUACGCUGAGGUCAUGCAAACGUACUUAUCCCUCGAGGGGAAGUCACUUACGUACGAUGCGAUGCAAAAAAUGAAAUACAUGGACAUGGUGGUCUCGGAAGCGCUUCGAAUGUGGCCACCGGUUCCUCAGCUCGAUCGGAUCUGUUUGAAGGAUUACACUCUGGAUUGCAAUGACAAUCUGAAGUUCACAAUCGAAAAAGGUUCAAUAAUAUGGUUACCGGUUCAAGGACUGCAUCGUGAUCCGGCAUACUAUCCGAAUCCAGACAAGUUUGACCCGGAGCGGUUUAGCGAGGAGCGAAAGGGCAGCAUAAAUGCCGGAGCAUAUUUGCCGUUUGGAAUCGGACCUCGAAACUGUAUUGGAUCUCGGCUCGCGCUGGCCGAGGUUAAGACCAUACUUUACUACAUGCUGCUCAACUUUUCGUUCGAACAAACUAGCAAGACUAAGGUACCGCUAGUCAUCACCAAAGGUGACAUUAUUCCAGAAGGUGGAGUCCAUUUGGAGUUUAGACCAAGAGGCUGAAAACGAGCCAGAGCAUCUGUUGUGUUGUGGAUUCGUGGUUCUUGACAUAUCACAUUUCUGUCAUCAUUUACUAUGCCAAUUUUAGGAAUGGUCUCCUGAAAGUUGGAAUUACUUUUAUUCAAUUUUUACAGAUGAACUACAGAUAAACAAACUACUAUCAAGAAUAGUCGGCGCACAUUCUUGAGAAAUAAGGCAUUAUUCGAUUUAUAUCUCAGGAUUACCUGAAAUCAUACCUGUGAGUUACGUUGGAGGAGGAUUCGAUCGAGCAAAGACGGGCAAAACAUGUGACAACCUAUCACAGUUCGAAAUGCCUUUUAUUGAUGAAAUAAAGUUAAAGUAAGAAAAUCUUAGUUUUAAACUUAAUUCCUCUCAAAACACUAACUAAAAAUAUCCAACCGGGAAUCAAAAGAAGUUUUUUUUUCAAUAGCAUUGAACUAUUUUGACUGUAAUAACAUUGGUUACUCAUCACCUAUUUAUCGCUAUUUCAAGUUCAUUGGAAAUAUACCCAUUUGUUUCUUCAAACACAAAAUAAAAUCACAGACAAAUACUAACCCAUUCACCUGUAAAACGAUUCAAACUAUUGCAACUCUAACAAUUAUCUGUGCCCGCUCUGUGUGUCUUGUAUUUCCCCACCCAGGGAUGUACCACUUCACAUGCAGAACACUUCAAUUGUUAGCUGGUUUUUGCAAUUCAACUGUUGCUGCGGUUGGAAUUUGGGUCCAUUUUUGUCUGCACCAAAGCGGUGCAUUUUUCAUUUUCUUCUCCCAGCGGAUACAGUGGAGAAUUAGCUGCACACCAAAGCUGUCUGCUGGUAUGCUGAAAAUUGGUUCAACAUAUUGCUGCAUAGUGCGGUGUACUUAAUCGUCCGCGGAGUUGGCCAAUAAUGGCCAUUCAUUCAUUUCGGUCGUUUUCAGUAAAAUGAUCGCUUAUAAUAAACGCCGGCUGUUGAAAAUGACUAUUGUUGCCGGGUCAACAGGGCGUAAAAUAGGAAGCUGAUGCAGCAGCUAAAGUGGACUUUCCAGUAGUUUUGCGAAAGCAAAUUGUGACUAACCCGGUUGUAACUUAUUAUUUAUUUUUCUAAUUUUUCAUAAAAGAAAAAGGGAUUUAUAUUUCCUAGUGCGAUCUGAAAAAUGUUGUUAUUAUGAUUCAAAAACACAGAUGACAUAAUUUAUAUAGCUCUAUCAACGUCAGUUUAUCAUUUUUCGCCUAAAACGAAUAAAAUAACAAUAAAGCCACUUUCACUUGCGAAGUAGUUUUCUCACCAUAAAUUAUUUGCUCGCAAUUGUGUUUUUUUGUUGUUGGGCAAACAGUAGUUGCAUUCUCCGUGUUGUGGCAUCAAGUAGCCUAUGCUAGUGGAAUGCAAAUUGUCACACAGGCCCUGUCAUGACAGCCGAAUCCACAGCAGACUACCGCAAACAAAUCGAUGAGCUGGAAUGUUCACUAGAGGAUAUGCAGCUAACCGAGCAGGAAGCCAAUCUAGCUUUGGAGAGUCUGGAAUCGAAGAUUACGGCCCGUCGCUCUCGGAAUCCUCUGGAACCGAUCCCGUUCGAGCUGUUUGCGGAUUUUUGCCAUGACUGGACUGAGAAGUGCAAAAUGGCCACGGAAACGGUACGCUUUCAGUUGCGCAAGGCCGCCGUUGAAAUGAAGGUUAAACAGGAGCUGGUCGUGGAAAAGCAGCAGAUCGCUGGAAGCGAUAGCAUCGUCGUAGAUCAUGAAGCGCUGAUCAUCCAGCAGAAGGAUAACGAGAUCGAACUAAAGAAUGUCAGCAAAACGAACUACGAGCUGAAGCUUCUUGAGGGAGUUGUAAAACGAGAAAUUACCAGGGAGAAGAUCAAGCUGAGCGAGACGAUAAAGCAGUAUGGACAGAUCGGUGAGGACUGCUCUCGGCUAGAGCGGAAUUUGAGUCAGUUGGAGCAGAAAAUUGAACAAACUGAAGCGGAGAUAGCCGAGCUGGAAGCAAUCAACGACGAGUUGAGAAGGAAGGCGGAAUUGUAUCGAGCUCCGAACAUUCUCGACAUCGCUCAUAAGAUCGACGAAUUGGAGCGGGCUGAACGGGAGAUUGUCAGCACGGUUAAAGGUAAAUUGGCAAAAAUGAGCGAAAAGAGAAAAUAAAAAACAACACGUUUAACGAGAUAUUGCUAU